AUGACAGAAAUCAAUUUAGAUUCAAUUAUAGAAAGAUUACUAGAACCUAGAACAUCAAAACCAGGCAAACAUGUCGAUUUAGAGGAAGAUGAGAUCAGAUAUCUGACGAUUCAAGCGACAGAGAUUUUCAUUAACCAACCAGUAUUAUUAGAGCUCGAAGCACCGAUUAAGAUCUGUGGUGACAUUCACGGACAGUAUUAUGAUUUGUUGCGUCUUUUCGAAUAUGGUGGAUUGCCACCCAAUUCCAACUACCUCUUCCUCGGAGACUAUGUCGAUCGUGGAAAGCAAUCGCUUGAGACCAUCUGUUUGUUGUUGGCCUACAAGAUUAAAUAUCCAGAGAACUUCUUUAUUUUGCGUGGUAACCACGAGUGUGCAUCGAUCAAUCGUAUCUAUGGUUUCUACGACGAGUGUAAGCGUCGUUACAACACCAGACUCUGGAAGGCAUUCACCGACUGCUUCAACUGUCUUCCAGUCGCUGCCAUCAUCGACGAAAAGAUCUUUUGCAUGCACGGUGGUCUCUCGCCAGAUUUGAAAUCGAUGGAACAGAUCCGUCGUAUCGUCAGACCAACCGUCGUACCAGACAACGGUCUUCUUUGCGAUCUCUUGUGGGCCGACCCUGACAAGUCCGUCCAAGGUUGGGAAGACAACGAUCGUGGUGUAUCUUAUAUUUUCGGUCCCGAUAUUGUAGAGCAAUUUUUAAAGAAACAUGAUCUCGACUUGAUUUGCAGAGCUCAUCAAGUUGUUGAAGAUGGAUACGAAUUCUUUGCAAAGAGACAACUUGUAACUUUAUUUUCAGCACCAAAUUACUUUGGUGAAUUUGAUAACGCCGGUGCAAUGAUGGGUGUUGACGAGACUUUGAUGUGCUCUUUCCAAAUUCUGAAACCCUCUGAUAAAAAGAAAGGAAUAGCAGACAACAACGGUAGACCACUUACACCACCUAGAAAACAACAACAAAAACAACAAAAAUUAACAAAAUAA